CCUCAUCAAAAACACUCUCCAAAAAUGCCCCUAGGUCUUAACCCUGCCGAAUUUCUCCAUAUUGCGGGCGCUGUUUCCGGUUUUUCUGGUGUAGCUCUGGGUGCCUUUGGAGCGCAUGGUCUCCAAAAGAAACUAGCCCACCUUCCCGAUGCUGCCUACCGGGUCUCUAAUUGGAAAACGGCAGCAUCGUAUCAAUUGGUACAUACUCUAGCGGUACUAUAUGUUAGUCAGCGAUUGGGGGCACGUCCGCAUCGAUCGGCGUUAUCCGGAUACCUUUUCCUGAUUGGAAAUGUUCUCUUUAGCGGGAGCAUUUACCUUCUUUCGCUGGAUACGCAGAGGAAAUAUAGUCGAAUGUUGGGUCCUGUUACACCUAUUGGAGGAAUGUGUUACUUGGCUGGAUGGGUUGCGCUCAUCUGGGCAUGAAUCAAGACGGGACGGGGACGUAUGAAUGGUGGCUGACGAUGAGAAAGGUUGGUUUAUAUAUCCUGUGACAUGUCAAAAAUCGCAAUAACAUCCUUUCAGUGCACCAAUAUCAUUAUUUUUCACAACACCUAUGAUACAAGGUCAAAUGCUAUCUACCUAACGCUAAUUAAAAACAGUUUUCAAUUUGGAUCUGACUCAUAUAAAAACGGAAACAGCUGAAUAUCUAUAACUUGGCCCCUUGCUUGGACGCCUGACGGAGAGCCAUCUAAAAGUCGAAUUGCGGGAAUAAGUCACCCUACUUUACCCAAUAAACCAUAUGCGG